CCGAUUAAUUCUUCUGGGUAGCGUCGUUGUAACACACUAGUAUUUCAGCCGCGGCCUCGUAAAACGCGCACCGCUCCUCUAUACGGACUGCGCGCACGCCUGUAGAGCGUCUGCGACCGCGCGAUCACUGCGCCGGGCAACUCUGCAGACGCGCCGCAAGCGCCGCGCGCCUUUGGACCCCAAAGGCUUCCACUGACCAAAACGCCGCCGCGGCGCGAGCGACGAGCCGCCGCGCGCGCACGGCCACCAUGCCCCUCGAAAGCACGAUAAUAUGCCUCGACACGAGUGAAUUCAUGAGGAACGGCGACUUCACGCCGACGCGGCACGAGAGCCAGCAGGACGCCGCCAAUCUCGUAGUAGGAGCGAAGAUGCAGCAGAACCCCGAAUCAUCAGUAGGUGUCCUGACCAUGGCGUCGACCGGUCGAGGCGCUGGAGCAAGAGUGCUUGUGAGCCCUACGGACGACAUGGGCAACAUUCUGAAUUCGCUGCACAACGCGUCCGUCGGCGGCCAGUUGAACUUCGUCGAAGGUGUCCAGGUGGCGCAGUUGGCUCUCAAACAUAGAAGAAACAAGAACGGCGCGCAGAGGAUUGUGCUCUUUGUUGGGAGUCCGGUAGAAGCGGAACAAAAAGCACUGGUGAAAGUGGGAAAACUCCUCAAGAAGAACAAUAUUGCGGUCGAUGUCGUGGUGCUGGGCGACCGGGACGGCAACGCGGACAAGCUACGGGCCUUUGUGGACGCCGCAAAUGCUAAUGAUAACUCGAAUUUAGUUGCGAUUCCCGCGGGCGUGGUCCCGUCGGACGUGCUUAUAUCUUCUCCGGUGAUCCAGGGCAAGGACUCCGGCGGUGGGGGAGGUGGUGGCGAGGCUUCUACGGGCGGCGGCGGCGGCGGCGGUGGCGGCUUCGCGGAGUUUGGGGGCAUCGAUCCGAACCUCGACCCGGAGCUGGCGAUGGCGUUGCGCAUCUCCAUGGAGGAGGAGCGCGCGCGCCAGGAAGCAGCCGCGUCCGCGGAGGGGGGCGCCGCGCCGGCGGACGGGGCCGCCGCCGAGGCCUCGCCGGCCGCUUCAACGGAGGAAGCGCCCGCCGCCUCGACGCCGAAGACGCCCGAGGCGCCGCAGGACGACGACGCCAUGGACGAAGAUGAUGCUCUAUUACAGGAAGCUCUCGCGAUGUCGAUGAAGGAGGACACGGAGGGCGCGACCGUCGAGCCCCAGGCUGAUCAGAUGGAGGACGACGAGGAGGACGAGGAGAUGAAGCUCGCCCUGGCCAUGUCCAUGCAGCAGGCGUCGUCCGAGGCGCCGGCGCCCGCCGCGGCUGCUGGCGAGUUCAACGACCCCGCGUUCGUCAACUCCAUGCUCGCGCAGCUGCCGGGCGUCGACCCGAACGAUCCUGCUAUUCAAGCAGCUUUAGCAUCGAUCAACCAGGGUGGGGAGAAGAAGGACGACGACGCGCCGGCGCCGGCGCCGGCGCCCUAGCCUAUCUAUCAUAACGUUACGUAGUACACAGCGAGUUAAAGAGAUAUCGGGUC